CCAUAUAUUUCCUUGUUGCCACACCUUCGGAUCUACAGUUCGAAGAUGGGUGUAACCAAUAUGUGGUGAAGUGCAAGAUUAGACAGACCCCAUUUGCUGCAGAAACACACUGUGUAGCUCAGCUCAAAUUAGAUUAAUUUGUCAGAAAGUGAAACUCAGUCGUUGCUACUAAGAGGUGAAAUGGCACAGAGAAGAGCUCAGCUGAACCAGGAAACCUUCUCUUGUUCCAUCUGUCUGGAUCUACUGAAGGAUCCGGUGACUAUUCCCUGUGGACACAGUUACUGUAUGAACUGCAUCAAAAGCUUAUGGAAUGACGAGGAUGAGAAGAAAACCCACAGCUGCCCUCAGUGUAGGCAGAUGUUCACGCCAAGGCCUGUCCUGGUGAAAAGCAUUAUGUUAGCAGUGUUAGUGGAGGAGCUGAAGAUGACUGGACUCCAAACUGCUGCUACUGAUCACUGCUAUGCUGGACCUGAAGAUGUGGCCUGUGAUUUCUGCAGCGGGAGGAAACGGAAAGCCCUCAAGUCCUGUCUGGUGUGUCUGGCAUCUUACUGUGUCAAACACCUGCAGCCUCACUAUGACGCAGCUCCAUUACAGGAACACAAGCUGGUGGAACCCUCCAAGAACCUCCAAGAGAACAUCUGUGCUCGUCAUGAUGAGGUAAUGAGGAUGUUCUGCCGCACUGACCAGCAGUGUAUCUGUUAUCUCUGCCCUGUGGAUGAACAUAAAGGACACAACAUAGUCUUAGCAGCCGCAGAAAGGACUGAGAGGCAGCCAGAGCUUGAGGGGAGUCGACAAAAACUCCAGCAGAGAAUCCAGACAGAGAGACGUCAGCAGGAGGUGGAGGGCAUCAGUCGCUCUGCUGAUAAAGCAGUGGAGCACAGUGAGGAGAUCUUCACUGAGCUGAUACGUCACAUGGAGAAAAGAUGCUCUGAUGUGAAGCAGCAGAUCAGAUCCCAGCAGGAAACUGAAGUGAGUCGAGUCAAAGAGCUUCAGGAGAAGCUGGAGCAGGAGCUCAGUGAGCUGAAGAGGAAAGACGCUGAGCUGCAGCAGCUCUCAAACACAGAAGAUCACACCCAGUUUCUACAUAACUACCCCUCACUGUCACCACUCAGUCAAUCUACAGACUCAUUCAGCUUCAAUAUCCGUCCUCUGAGGUAUUUUGAGGAUGUGACAGCAGCUGUGUCAGAGGUCAGAGAUAAAGGACUUGACCUUCUGAGGGAGACAUGGACAAACAUCUCACUGACACUGACUGAAGUGGAUGUUUUACUGUCAGAACCAGAGCCCAAGACCAGAGCUGGAUUCUUAAAUCAUUCACAUGAUAUCAUUCUGGAUCCAAACACAGCAAACGCACAUCUGUUAUUGUCUGAGGGAGACAGAAAAGCGACAGUAAUGAGUCAAGAACAGUUUUAUUCCAAACACCCAGACAGAUUCACUGGAUGUCGUCAGGUCCUGAGCAGAGAGAGUCUGAAUGAACGUUGUUACUGGGAGGUGGAGCUGACAGGGAAAGUAACUGCUGUAGCUGUCACUUACAAGGAUAUCAACAGAACAUAUGCCUCAAGAAAAAGUAUAUUUGGACGCAAUGAAAAAUCUUGGGCGCUAUACAGUCACCAAGGCAAUUAUCAUAUUUGGAACGACAACAGGCAAUUUCGUGUCUUAGGUAAGCCAUCCUCCAGACUUGGAGUGUAUCUAGAUCAUAGAGCAGGUAUUUUGUGCUUCUACAGUAUUACUGAAACCAUGACUCUCCUCCAUAAAUUCCAAACCACAUUCACUCAACCUCUCUAUGCUGGACUUGGGUUUGCUGAAUAUUUGGAAGGCAGUGCUGAGUUUUGUAAACCCAAUUAGUUAUUUGAGAUGCAGUGGGUAAAAAGCUUAAACAUUCUAGUUUUCCAUAUUUGUUGCUUAGAACCUAAACUGGCAUGUCUCCACAUGAAAAUGUAAACUUUUCUGUGCUCUAAUUGUUGAAUGAAUAAUUGCAUAAAUAUGUUUGUAUGUUGUUGUGUCUCCUCCAAAUCAACAGACUUCCCUUUAUUGUGGAUAUUUUGUUGUCACCACUUUCUCAAUGUGUAAAAAAAAUCUAUAAUUACAUUGGCAUGUAUUUAUGUGGCAGACCAAAUGUUGUCUAAAUUUAUGUACAGAUAAGGCGUGUGGUAUAUGGGGAUUUGAGCUGUUAUAAAAUUGUGAUUAUCAUGAUCCUAAUAAAUAAGGAAAUCAUUUGUCAUUUACUUUUACACAGCUGAGAUUUUGGUUGAAAUGUAAAUAAAGAGAUUGUGUGGAGGUAGCAAGAGUAAUUUCACAUACUUUACUAAUGUAUUAUGUGAACAAACAGAAGGUUUUCAUAAGAAAUACAGUUUUUAAUCUUUAGCCUCAAAUCUCACAUCCACAACUUUUAUUUACAACCUGAAAGCUGAUGUGAAUAAUAGUUGUAACUUGGACACUCUUCUCUACCACAUGAACUGAACGCGGCAUCAGUGCUACCAAACGGACACAGUCACUUGAUCUUGAACUUACAGGUUUUUUUUAAUCAAGUUUGCGACCGAUGGUACCUCUGAAAAAUAUUAAGGAAAAGAGUAAACACAUACAAACAAAUGAACAACUACAAAGCUUCAUCCCAAUAUUAACGGAUCGCUUGGUCCAUGAUUGUAGUUGGAUGAAACUGAGUCGGAAAUACCGCCUCCUCUGCGC